UCUCGACAGCCUACUGCUCUGCGGGGUGUGCCCUGCUCUUGACGUCAGUCUCAGGAUGCCACUCGACACUGACGAUGAUGCUGCUGAUCAUCACCGUCAGUGCGGUUGGCGCCGACUACUCGGGUACCGCACCCAAUGUCCAGGACCUGUGCCCCAAUUUCAGUGGUACUGGAUUUGGAAUUAUAAAUGUUGCUUACACUUUGGCAGCAAUAAUAUCCCCUUUACUUUCCGGUGCCAUCCUCAAGGGUCAGCAAAGCCUGAAAAGCUGGGGCACGGUGUUCCAAAUUGCGGGCGUGGUUUACAUCCUGGUGACUGUGAUAUACAUCAUCAUGGGUUCAGCGGAAGAACAAGAAUGGAAUAAUUACGACGAGAAGGAACAAGAAAGAAAACGGAAAUCCAAAACUCAGGCCAAAGAAAGCGCACUUUGAAUAAACGCAGUCGUCGUCGUCGUCGUCAUUGAUUUUCGAAUGGAAAUAAUUAAAAAAGACACCCAGCAGCCAUGCCGGGGAUCGAUGAACAAUUUUCCUUCAUAACAAUUAAGGGUUCAAUAAAGUCUGAAUGCAAUUUUGCAAGAGAACACAUUGGGAAAAUUACUUAAAUCGGAACUCAUUAAGCAUAUUUCAGCCUGAGCACAAAAUUAACAUAAUUCUUCAUGUAGUCUGUGUGCGAUGGUGAUGUUUUUUUGUUUUGAAUUAUUAUGCAUAAAAAGGGCCACGAGACGCAAAAAGUUAUUUCGGUGCACAAUAAAACCUGAUCACUGAAGCGCAAGAGGGAUUUUUGCUCAUGGGGGACCACACUAAAGUUCUGCG